AUGAAUAUGGCAAUGGCUAAAUUAGUAAAUAUUAUAACCACUAUUAAAUGGAAAGCUUCCAAUAAGAAACCUCGCCGUGUAACGCGAUACGACAUAUUGAAACAAGAUUCGGCCUACAGUACGACAGCUUCUUCAAAAUCAUCUAGUGGGCAUACAAUUACUAGGGAUAUAUCAUCUAUAUAA